AUGACUUUUUCAAUUUUCAAAAGGAGAGAAGGUCACGAUCAUGAUCACGAUCACGAAGAAUCCGCAAACUCAGUUCCAAACACAUCUCCACUCCCUCGUUACUCGACCAACAAUUCGCUUUCUCAACCCCCUCCCCCCUAUUCCCCCACUCCACACCCACCCAUACCAUCCGAAGCCCAUUCAUCUCCUGCCCACCUCUCCGAAUUAACCAUCGACUACAUCCCAGGAAACAUCUUUAACGCAUUCAAAACCACUCUCCUGAUCUACGAUUCUCCUCGCUAUCCAAACACCAAACCAUUGCCCAUUUUUAAAAUGACGAUUGAAGGCAUGAAGAGAAUUACGAGUAUGUAUAUAUACAGCGGAAGUAUCAAGAAUGAGGACAGGAAAGAGGAGGUGAUGUUAGGAGGUGCACAGUUUGAUAAAUUUAAUCGUAAGAUAGAGGUACAGCAAUUGGGGAUAGAAGGGGUGCAGAGAGAAUUGGAAUCGGGGAUAGAGCAUUUUGGGGGAGGGAGGGGGAGGGAAAAUGAGGGGAGGUAUGAGUGGAGGUUUCCUGGAGGUCAUGAUGGGGGGAAUGGAAAUGGAAAGGAAGAGGGCAAAGGGAGGAUUUUGGUUUGGCAACAAAAAAUCCCAUCGACGACGCAAAAACUCUCAUUCUCGAAUCCGAAUGCGGAGUUGAGGGAUAAGGAGUCGGGGGAUCUGUAUGCGGUGAUGAUGUUUGAUGUUUUUGCGGUGAAAGAUAUGAUGGGGAUACAGUACAGGGGGAGUAUUAGUGGUGGGGAAGAGGAGAAACGAGGAUUUCAAAUGGGAGUUCUAAUCACGGGGUGUGUGGUUAUGGAAAGGGAAAGACAGAGGAUUGCAAGAAGGGGGACGAUUGGGAUGGGUUUGGGGAUUGGAAUAGCUUCGGGAUGA